AAUUAACUAAAAGUCCUUUUUAUCCAAACCAAAGGUCCCUUGCCUUCUUACACUUCAGAUCCAUCUCUCUGAGGUUUGUGUCCUUCUCCAAUCACUGUCUCCCCAUCCCCAAACUCUAUUUUCCACUUUCCUCAAAUUACCCUUUAUCUAUUUAAAAAUCAGGAAUCCCUAAUUUGAAUCGGGUUUUCGAUCAAUCGUGAGCAAAAACAUGGAUUCAGUCGCGACCGUGCCACUGAGCGAGCGCCCCGAGUGGUCAGACGUCGUUCCGUUGACUCAAGACGAUGGUCCGAACCCGGUUGUUCCGAUCGCGUACAAGGAAGACUUCCGCGAGACUAUGGAUUACUUCCGCGCGAUUUACAACGCCGACGAGCGUUCUCCACGAGCGCUGAGAUUAACGGAAGAAGCUCUCCGCUUAAACUCUGGCAACUACACUGUGUGGCACUUUAGGCGGUUAGUACUGGAGGAGCUUGAGCACGACUUGUAUGAAGAAAUGAAUUUUAUCGAAAGCAUUGCUGAGGAUAACUCUAAGAACUACCAGUUGUGGCAUCAUCGGCGAUGGGUUGCAGAUAAACUAGGUCCUGAGGUUGCAGGAAAGGAACUUGACUUUACUCGGAGGGUACUAUCACUUGAUGCCAAACAUUAUCAUGCUUGGUCACAUAGGCAGUGGGCACUACAAGCAUUAGGUGGAUGGGAAAAUGAGCUUGAUUACUGUCACGAGCUUCUUGAAGCUGACGUCUUUAACAAUUCUGCUUGGAAUCAGAGGUAUUACGUUAUUACUAGAUCUCCUUUCUUGGGAGGCUUAGAAGCCAUGAGAGAAUCUGAAGUAAGCUACACAGUCAAAGCCAUUUUAGCAAAUCCCGGGAACGAGAGCUCGUGGAGAUACCUGAAAGCUCUUUACAAAGACGGCACAAAGUCUUGGAUUAGUGAUCCAAGUGUUUCCUCAGUCUGUUUGAAAGUUCUCUCCCGCACGGACUGCUUCCAUGGGUUCGCUUUGAGCACUCUUUUGGAUCUUCUAUGCGAUGGGUUGAGACCAACCAACGAGCAUAGAGACUCGGUGAAAGCUCUAGCUGGUGAAGAGCCAGAGACUAACUUGGCCAAUUUGGUGUGUACCGUUCUUUGUCGUGUUGAUCCUAUAAGAGCUAACUAUUGGGCAUGGAGGAAGAGCAAGAUUACUGUGGCAAUAUAACCGUCCCUGUAUCACAGUGGAAACAGUUAUUUUCACGUUUUUCUCUACUGCUUUUUCAUGAAUCUUAUGAACAUGUUACCAUACACCAAAGCAAAUCUUAAUUUUCUUGGAUUCCCAUUUUUUCAAUCAAUGCAAAAUAUAAUGAAUCUCAACA